UACGUCAUUACAGACGGAGAUGAGCAAAAGCAUUUCCAUUUCACCCAUUCAGGAACGACGCGCAUUCGUUAUCCAAUAAUGUGGGUUCAAAACGAGGACGACGCAACAUUCCCAUGAGAAUGGAUUGUAAAUAUGCGCAGGUGCAUCAGCUCAAGUUUCUCUCCCAGUUGCCCAGUGGGACGGUUGGGUCUCGACACCUCAAGCAGCUCCAGCAAAACCACAAGCCAGCUGAACAUUCAACGAUGAGCAAGUCGUACUCCUCAGCCCAGACCGGCUCCUCAUACCGCCGCACUUUCGGUUCUGGUAUUGGUUCAUCCCCAAUGUCCUCCCUCUUUUCCUCUCUAGGAGGAGGAGGCCGCGGCUCCUCAAGCCACAUGUCAACCAGAGUCUAUGAAGUCAAGAGCACUGGUAUUCCCUCUUUUUCCAGCUACAGAGUGUCCUCUGGUGCUGGAGGAGCUGGGAUUGGCUCCUCUUCAGCUGUACGCAGCUAUGGCCUUGAGAAACUCGACUUUGACCUGGCCGAUGCCACAAACCAGGACUUCAUGAACACAAGGACCAAUGAGAAGGCUGAGCUUCAGCACCUCAACGACCGCUUUGCCAGCUACAUCGAGAAGGUGCGUUUUCUGGAGCAGCAGAAUGCAGCGCUGACAGUGGAGAUUGAGAAGCUGAGGGGUCGUGAGGGUCCAGGGCGUGUGGCUGAUUUGUAUGAGGAGGAAAUGAGGGAGCUGAGGAGACAGAUAGAGGCCAUCUCCAACCAGCGUUCCCGAGUGGAGGUGGAGAGAGACAACCUGGCUGAUGACCUGCAGAAACUUAAGAUGAGACUGCAGGAGGAGAUUCGCCAGAAGGAAGAGGCUGAGAACAACCUCUCUGCUUUCAGAGCUGAUGUAGACAAUGCUACCCUGGCCAGGCUGGACCUGGAGAGGCGCAUUGAGAGUCUCCAAGAGGAGAUUGCUUUCCUCAAGAAGAUCCAUGAAGAGGAGAUCCGUGAGCUCCAGAGCCAGAUGCAGGACACCCAGAUACAGAUCCAGAUGGACAUGUCCAAACCCGACCUGACUGCUGCCCUGAGGGACAUCCGCAUACAGUAUGAGGCCAUUGCUGCCAAGAACAUUGGAGAGGCUGAAGAAUGGUACAAAUCUAAGGUGUCUGAUCUGAACCAGGCUGUGAAUAAGAACACUGAUGCACUGCGUCAGGCCAAACAGGAGACAAUGGAGUACAGACACCAGAUCCAGUCCUACACCUGUGAAAUUGACUCACUCAAGGGCACCAACGAAUCCUUGCUGCGCCAAAUGAGAGACAUGGAGGACCGUGUGGCGCGUGAGGCUGCUGGUUACCAGGAUACUAUCGCACGGCUGGAGGAAGACAUUGCUAAGAUGAAGGAUGACAUGGCUCGCCACCUGAGGGAGUACCAAGACCUCCUCAAUGUGAAGAUGGCCCUGGAUAUUGAAAUUGCUACCUACCGCAAGCUGCUGGAGGGAGAGGAGAGCAGGAUCACUAUACCUCUCCAGGCUGCUUAUUCCUCCAUUGGAUUCAGAGAGACCAGUCCUGAGUCCCAACAUCAGCGCCCGUCAGAGGUUCACUCUAAGAAGACUGUUCUUAUCAAGACCGUGGAGACCCGCGAUGGAGAGGUUGUCAGUGAGUCCACACAGCACCAGCAGGACGUCAUGUAAACAAGAAGAGGCCACAUAAGAAAAACUAUAUAUUAUAAAAUACAAAAAAAUAGUGUAAACAUUUACAUUUUCCUACAGCUACUAUGAAAAUUUAAAACCUGAGCCCAUUUUUUUAGACUCAGAACACUGACGAUUUCAGCUGAUUUAAAUGGCAACACAGAAGGAUAUAAGUGAAUGCAGCCUGUAUACACCUUUACACAUAAUAAACAGGACAAAUGAUGCAUGGAGGUACAAUACACUGCCUUUAGCCUAGUUUUAAAUAAAGGGAAUUCCAGAAAUUUACAUUUCAUUUGUGUUUCUUUCAAUCUCUCACAAAUGCUGGAAUUUGCCAUAUCUUGUCCCUAAAGGAUGUCAAAGGCAAGAGUAGAGUUUCAGAAUACAGUAACAACAAUACUUUGUGUAACUGCAUUGGCCCAGUACCUACAGUACAGGGAAGUUUGCAAGAAAGAUCAAUGGGCCUGAAGCACCAUGGACAGCAGUAAUAUAUUCAUUGCCAGUCUUUCUGUGCAAAUGUACAAGUGUAUGACUUGAAUGUGAAGGGCUUUUAUUUCUGUAACUGAUUAAAGAAAGUGAGUUGUUGGUAUAAGAUCUGAAAUAUGUCACGAACACAAACCAUCUAAUGAAAGAGGAUCUCAGUCAUGUUUAAAGUUUGGCCUCAGUUGCAUGUGCUGGGUGUUUGAUUGUACAUAUGUGUAUGGGUAACAAUGGUAGCCUGUGCUGCUUCACUUCCAAAAAUCUCAAAUAAACACAUUCGCUAUCACCA